UCUUUCUAGAUAAAAUUUGAUGCUGGGACCCUCCUUCUUAGUACACAUCGACUAAUUUGGAGAGAUCAGAAAAAUCAUGAAUGCUGCAUGGCUGUUCCUCUUUCCCAAAUUGUGUUCAUUGAAGAACAGGCAGCUGGAAUUGGGAAAAGUGCUAAAAUAGUGGUUCAUCUUCACCCAGCUCCUCCUAACAAAGAGCUUGGUCCAUUCCAGAGUAGUAAGAACUCCUACAUCAAACUCUCCUUCAAAGAACAUGGCCAGAUUGAGUUUUAUAGGCGUUUAUCAGAGGAAAUGACGCAGAGAAGAUGGGAGAAUAUGCCAGUUUCCCAGUCAUUCCAAACAAAUAGAGGACCCCAGCCAGGAAGAAUAAGGGCUGUAGGAAUUGUAGGUAUUGAAAGGAAACUAGAAGAAAAAAGAAAAGAAACUGACAAAAACAUUUCUGAGGCCUUUGAAGACCUCAGCAAGCUAAUGGUCAAGGCUAAAGAAAUGGUGGAGUUAUCAAAAUUAAUUGCUAAUAAGAUUAAAGACAAGCAAGGUGACAUCACAGAAGAUGAGACCAUCAGGUUUAAAUCCUAUUUGCUGAGCAUGGGAAUAGCUAACCCAGUCACCAGGGAAACCUACGGCUCAGGCACACAGUACCACAUGCAGCUGGCUAAACAGUUAGCUGGAAUAUUGCAGACACCUUUAGAGGAACGAGGAGGUAUAAUGUCACUCACGGAGGUGUACUGUUUAGUAAACCGAGCUCGAGGAAUGGAAUUGCUCUCACCAGAAGAUUUAGUGAAUGCAUGCAAGAUGCUGGAAGCCCUGAAAUUACCUCUCAGGCUCCGAGUUUUUGACAGUGGCGUCAUGGUCAUUGAGCUCCAGUCCCACAAGGAAGAGGAAAUGGUGGCCUCAGCCUUGGAGACAGUUUCAGAAAAGGGAUCCCUAACAUCAGAAGAGUUUGCCAAGCUGGUGGGAAUGUCUGUCCUCCUGGCUAAAGAAAGGUUGCUUCUUGCAGAGAAGAUGGGCCAUCUUUGCCGAGACGACUCAGUGGAAGGCUUGCGGUUUUACCCAAAUUUAUUUAUGUCACAGAGCUAAAGGUUUUUUGUAUUUGAAAUUCCUCUUAUCCAUAUACUUGCAUUAUGGAGAAGUUGUAUGAUAUUGAGCUAAGAGUAAACUCUGAUAAACUGAAUUCACUGGAACGUUGCAGUAUAAUAUAACACUCUUUUAAUUUCUUCCUAAUGUUAUGGGGUAGGAAAUUGAUUUAGGACAAAUGUAGGAACAUACAGAAAAACGAAUGCCAAUGUGAAUUUGAAAUCAUGCUACAGUUGAUUCUGUCCUCAUAGUUUAACUUGAAAUAUGGUGGAUUUUAACUUGAUCAUCAAAUCUAACCAUUUUAAGAAAGGAAUUUAGUUCAUGGGGGAAGGAAAAGAGGAGUUGCAUAUUUAAACAAGUUAGGUCAUUAUUUUUGUGUGACUAAAAAUUCAC